AUGGCCUUGAAGGACGGCGGCGGCGGCGGAGGCAGCACCGCCACGAUCUUGCCCAUCAGCGACAUGGUGUCCUCUUGCGCCUCGCCGGCUGCGGCGGCGGCGGGGAGCGCCUUCCCGGAGGUGGUGGAGCUGAACGUGGGCGGCCAGGUGUACGUGACCAAGCACUCGACGCUGCUCAGCGUGCCGGACAGCACCUUGGCGCACAUGUUCGCGCCGCGCCGGAACGCCACGCGGGAGCUGCCCAGGGACAGCCGGGCGCGCUUCUUCAUCGACCGCGACGGCUUCCUCUUCAGGUACGUGCUGGAUUACCUGCGGGACAAGCAGCUGGCCCUGCCCGAGCACUUCCCGGAGAAGGAGCGCCUGCUGCGCGAGGCCGAGUACUUCCAGCUGGCCGAGCUGGUCAAGCUGCUCUCGCCCAAGGUCGCCAAGCAGAGCUCGCUCAACGACGAGGGCUGCCAGAGCGACCUGGAGGAAGCCAACUCGCCGGGCAGCGGCGAGCUGCUCCCGCCCCACCCGCGCGCGGGCGAGAAGCGCGCCGGCUUCAUCACCGUCGGCUACCGCGGCUCCUACACCGCGGUGCGGGAUAACCAGAGCGACGCCAAGUUCCGCCGGGUGGCCCGCAUCAUGGUGUGCGGCCGGAUCGCCCUGGCCAAGGAGAUCUUCGGCGAGACGCUCAACGAGAGCCGCGACCCGGAUCGCCCGCCCGAGAAAUACACCUCCCGCUUCUACCUGAAGUUCACCUACCUGGAGCAGGCCUUCGACCGCCUCUCCGAAGCCGGGUUCCACAUGGUGGCUUGCAACUCCACCGGCACCGCAGCCUUCGUUAACCAGUACAGGGAGGACAAGAUCUGGAGCAGCUACACCGAGUACAUCUUCUACAGACCUCCACAAAGAACAGUGUCUCCCAAACACGACACUGAGGAGACGAAGCACGAGAAAGUUACAGACAAAGGAAGCGAGAGUGGAACGUCUUGCAAUGAAUUGUCCACGUCCAGUUGUGACAGCCAUUCUGAAGCCAGCACUCCCCAGGAAAAUGCCGCUAGCACCCAGCAGUCUGCAGGGCUCCAGCCAAACACGUUAACAUUGGAUCGGCAGUCCAAGAAGGCCCCAGCGCAGUGGAUGCCCCCGCCAGACAAACGCAGGAACAGUGAACUUUUUCAGACACUUAUGAGCAAGUCCAGAGAAACGAAUCUCUCAAAACGGAAAGUGUGUGAGAAGCUGAGUGUUGAAGAAGAGAUGAAAAAAUGCAUUCAGGAUUUUAAACAAAUCCAUAUUCCAGAUUACUUCCCUGAACGGAAACGCCCAUGGCAGUCUGAACUGUUACAAAAAUACGGCCUAUAG